AUGACCAAACCUCCCAAUCUCCGUCCCCAGUCCAUUCAGGCGCGCAUUACCCAUCUUCUCAAUCAUUGGCCCUCCGAUCCAGUCCGCCCGGCCUCUGUCUCCGUCCAAAAUUACCUUCGAUCUCGCCUUCCUCCUUCCUCUGAACUCCCACCCAACAACCGGCAGCAACGGCAGUCCGCAUCGCAGGGCGGCGAGAUCUCAGAGACCUCGUUAGAUGCGCUUUCAUCGUUGUUAGAGAAUCGCUAUGCCCGCCAGUAUCCAUUACCGCCGAAGUUACGACGACCCGCCAGUAAUCCCGACCACUAUGAUAAUGUCAUUAGGGAGUUUGCUGAGGCGCCGUCGCGAGACUGGACGGGUCGGUUAGGGAAGAGGUUAAAGGGUCUAUUCCGGUUCAAAUAA